AUGACAACAGGAAAGAAUGUCCUCGUGAUAGGACCUGGUUUCAUCGGAUGGAACAUCGUCGAUCGGUUGGUUUCCGAGAGCUACAACGUGACAGGUUUGGUUCGUCGCGCCGCUCACGGCCAACAAUUGAAGGAACUGUCUCGAGCCAAUUUCAUCAUCGGCGACCUGGACGACAGCACCACGGUCAAAAACCAGACAAUCCAACACGACAUCAUCUUUCAUACAGCAACAGCCGACCACCUCCCUUCAGUGGAAGCCAUCCUCGCAGGAAUAUCUGAGCGGGCAAAGGAAGGUAAAUCGACCAUCUAUAUCCACACGUCUGGCACAUCAGUCCUCAACGACGACGCCGACGGCGAGUAUGAAGGCGACAAGAUUUACCACGACAACAAACGAGAGGAGAUUGACUCAGUGCUCGAUGACGCACCCCAUCGACCAAUAGAUCUCACCAUUGUUAGAGGAGCGAAAGAACUCGGCGACAAGGCUAAACUCGCCAUUAUGAUCCCGCCUCUGAUCUACGGCUACAACCCCAAACACCAACGUCUCUCCAUCCAAAUCCCAGUACUCACCCGCUUUGCCCUGAAGCACGGCUACUCCGGGCACGUCGGGAAGGGUCUCGCCGUCGAAUCCCAAAUCCAUCUCGAUGACCUGACCCGCGCCUAUAUUGUGCUGCUACACCACAUGGAAUCAUCUUCGCCCUCAGAAUUCCUCAAAAACCCAUAUUUCUUCUGCGAAAAUGGCCACGACACAUCAUGGAAGGCUAUUGCCGAGAUGAUCGGCAAGGGUCUCCACAAGGCUGGGAAGAUCGAGAGUCCCGAGCCAAGAACGGUCCCAAAAUCAGACUAUGCGGAUCUGUGGGGAGAGUACACUCCUGCAGUUGUCGGGUUGAACAGUCGGAGUCGUGCCGUCAGGCUGAGAGCGUUGGGUUGGGAGGCGAAGGAGAUAAGUGUUGGGGAUAGCUUUGAGCGGUUCGAGCUGCCAGAGCUGCUGAAAGAGUAA